CAUGGACUCUGUGGUUUCUGAUGCACAAAGCAGAGGGUCAUCUCCAACCGGAACUGUAACUGAUAUAGGCAGUCUACUGAGUGGUAAGUCCUACCCUCUGCCAUCUUUCUCCGCCAUCAGCAUGACAACAAGUGGGACCUCCAAUGCUGCACGAGGCUUUGAGGCCAACAUAGAUGCUGAGGAAAGGGAUACCAUCAGUUGUUUCGGUGUACCUCAGAGCAUUGUUUGUGAUCAGAAUUCAACCAGCCCGGAUGUUGCUUCGCUUUCAACCCCAUCCACUGACAACUUAGUCGGUGAUGAUGACUUCACCGGCCUCAUCAGCAUGUUAGUGGUGAGACUUCUGUCAAAAAUCCAAACCCAAACUGAUCUGUACCCAACUGACGUCACACGCACGUCACAAGACCUGAUUCCAAAAGUUAUAGCUGCCUUCUGUGCAUGGUCAGGCUGCUCUGAGACCCAAGCUUAUCCCAAGAACCUGAAGAGUCACAAAGUAUACAGCACCGUCUACAAACAUCUGUUGAAGGAGUUUGGCUCAGAGAAAAUACUCCAACUGGCCGUGUCGACUCAGGACUCCACUUUCAAUAGGAUUCUUGUGAAGUCAUUGAGCAAGGAGCUUCUCCACAGUUGUAACGAGGCAUCAAGAGCAGCCUCAAGAACAUCUUUCGAAGCCACCAGGCCAGAAGCUCUUCUCAUGGCUGAAGAUGUGAAGGCUACCAGAGGGAAGCUGUCUUUCCUACAAAGGCUUGCCAGACUGAAAUUCAACUUAAAGCCAUUCAUGAUGGGAAACAAGAAGGAUUCCAAUAAGAAUUCCCGCCAUUCUGAAUCCAAAGACCAGACUACUGCUGAAGAUAUCAUGUUGGCACAUCCUGCCACAUUUGGACUCCCAGAGGGUCUUCCCUCCACCUCUCAACAGGAGAAGCCUCGCAAACGUCCCCUUCUAAUCAGGAUGUUUUCCACCAUCUCCAUAGGCCUAUCCAAGCCAUUCAAACGCUUUUACCUUCGACAUCAACAAGCGACGCACGGGCUGGUCCUGCAGACUCCCACGCCCAUGGCCCAGGAGAAGGCUGGGGGCCACCUGCUCACUCACGUCCCAGCCAUCUCCUUUGAGACCGACUCUACUGUGGAGUGCACCUCCAAGAGGACUCCGGAAGAGAGGGACCGGGUGAAGGUUAAACUGGCCAACAUGGCCUUGAUGGGAAGGAUCAAAAGUCUUGGCUGUGAAAUGCCCAUUAUGUGUGAUUAUCGAAUUGAUCAUUUUCCACUUUUGAAACAACAAUGGGAAAGACAGGGUUUAUAGCAAAGGUUGCUCAGAUUGGGCUUUUGGAAAAAUUGGGAGAAUGAAAGUGCACUCCUGAUUCAGAGAGAAAGAUCCAGCUUAAUCAUCCAUACCAUUGUUUAAAUUACAAUAAAAAAACAUUCAAACUGUUCCU